AUGCCCAUGCCUUUGGUGGUAGUCAUACUGCCCAAGAUAAAAAAAUCUCAGCAGCUGUUCAACGAACAUGAGCUGCUAGGUUUGGCUAUCCGAAGUCGUUCAAAAGAACUCAAGACUCAUCGAGCAGUGUCACCGCUGCCAAAAAUAUGGGCACCACCUAAGUGUCUAAAAUGCAUUGUUGAGGUACAGAAGCAUCCAUCAAUAAUUUCCGUAUUCAGUUUUGCACUGUCAAAACCAGACUCGGCAGUACAAUAGGAAGAAAAGGGUUUUUGUAUAGAAUAUGUGAAUGUGAAAACUAUUGGGGGA